UGCUCUUCUGCGGACGAGCUGGAUGUGCGGACACUUGCUGCGCUGCUACGGAUGAUCAGGAGGCAUCGCGGGGCCAGAGGGAGAAGGAGACUCACUGGGGACGCACAUGGCUCGAUGACAUGAUGUUCCUAUCCUUUUCCCCUCCCCUCUCCACUUCUCUCAUUCCUGUUUUCCUCCGACUCUUCCUCUUUUUCCUCCUUCCGUCCCCUAUCUCCUCUUCCUUCUCCCACACCCCAUUGAGCUGGACGUCGCCUCAUGACCCCUGCUACCACCCUAAUGGCCGUCCUCGACACUGCCUGUCAGAGUUCAUCAAUGCCGCCUACGGAGUCCCGGUUAAUGUUAGCCACUCGCUACACGGGCUGGAUUCUGAUGGCAACAUCACCACCUUGACGGACCUCCACAACCCCCACAACCUCACCUGCUGGAUGGCUCAUGCAGGAGCUGACUCUGGAGACUGGGUCCUCACUCUGCCACUGGGGCGCCGCUUUGAGAUCACCUACAUAAGCUUGCAGUUUUGUAACCAAGGGGAGCCGUCAGACCCCAUUGCUAUCUCCAUCCUCAAAUCGAUGGACUAUGGACGAACCUGGAGGCCGAUGCAGCACUACUCCAGCGACUGCUUAAGGUAUUUCAAGCAGCCAUCCCAGACCAUUGCUCAAACGAGACACCAGGAGACAGAGCCUCUCUGCUCAGACCCUCGGCCCCUUCAGAGGCAGCGGGGCAGCAUGGUGCUUGCCUUUUCUACUCUGGAUGGACGGCCAUCUUCUCCAGAUUUUGAUUACAGCCACACCCUUCAGGAUUGGGUAACAGCUACAGACAUCCGCGUGGUCUUCCACAAGCUAUCCAGAGAUGUUAGGAUGGACAUCUUUGAUAAAGUAGAAGAGGAGGCACAGUGGCUUGAUGGUUCACAUAAUACCAGAGAGACAGGGGCUCUGAGGUGGAGAUCGGAUGUCAAGGGUCACAGUGGAGAUCAGGUGGACAAAUUAAACAGAGAUAAUACACUGGCAUUUUUUGACAGGGAGUCAAAAAACUCUGAGAUAAGAGGAAGGAGCAAAGAGGAGAGGGUUAGAGAAGGCCGCCAUAAAGAGUCAGGUCGAGAUGAGGAUGCACAUAAUGUGACAAGCAAGGAAGGGGAGGAUAGUUUCAACACAGACUCACUUGUUUUGCCAAAGAAAGAUGGUAAAGGCAGAGUACGUGGUCGCAAGAAGGAAAGUAAUCACUGGGCACCUUGCCCUAACAGAGGGUGUAAUUGGAUAGUUGAAGGGCGGGCCAGGAGCAACAGAGGGCAAGAACUGAGGAAGAGGAGGAACAACAAUCUCAACAUAAAACAAAGCAUCAGAAACCUACAUGUGGGACAGCCUUCUGCUCUCACAUCUCCUGCGCGAAUUUCUCUAGCCCUCGCUGACCUGCAGGUCGGAGGCAGGUGUAAAUGUAAUGGACACGCAUCCAGGUGUCGCCGUGAUGAUGCAGGCCGUGCAGUGUGUGUGUGUGAGCAUCACACGGCCGGGCCCGAUUGUGAUGUGUGUGAGGAUUUCUAUUUUGACAGACCAUGGCAUCGAGCUACGCCCACCCACCCAAACCCUUGUGUUGCCUGUGAGUGUAACGGCCACUCAAGCAAAUGUCGCUUCAGCAUGGAGGUGUUUCAGCAGUCGGGUCGACGCAGUGGAGGUGUGUGCCAGAAGUGUCGCCACCACACAGCCGGACGCCACUGCCAGUACUGCCAGAACGGAUACACCCGCGACCACACCAAGCCACUCAACCACCGCAAGGCCUGCCAACCAUGUCAGUGCCAUCCUCUGGGGGCAGUAGGUCACUGGUGUAACCAGACAUCAGGUCAGUGUUUGUGUCGAGACGGAGUGACAGGCCUCAGGUGUAACCGUUGUGCACCAGGAUACAAACAGGGCAAGUCCCCCCUGCGGCCCUGUAUAAGAAUUCAGGAGGUUGCUCCCACCCCCAUGUACCAACCUCAAUACAGCAUCGCUGAGGAGUGUGUUUCAUACUGCCAGCCCUCACAGGUUAAAGUCAGGAUGAACUUGGAGACUUAUUGUCUCAAGGAUUACGUGCUGAAGGUGCACGUGAGGGGGAUGGAGCGUUCAGGUCCCUGGUGGCAGUUCUCCAUCUCUGUCCAAACCGUCUUCCGCACAGGGUCUACCUCCCGUGUUCGCAGGGGCUCCCAGUCCCUCUGGGUCCCCGACCGUGACCUCAGCUGCGGCUGCCCUGCCCUCCAAGUGGGUCGGACAUUCCUGCUUAUUGGCGCAGAUGAAGGAGAGCGGGGUUGGAGCCCUGGGGAGAGUCGCCUGGUUGCGGACCGCUCCACUCUGGCUCUCCAGUGGCGGGAACACUGGAAUCCCAAACUUAGGCACUUCCGUGGGCAGGACAAGAGGGGCCGCUGCCUUCCUAUAUCCCAAAAUAGCCACCACCACCGCAAGGAGCACACAAAGACUCAAACUGUGUACAUACCCCCUCACCUACUGACUGACACACACUCUGUGAAAGAGGAUGAGACUCCGAUAUCAGUGGGGCCGCGCACACUCUCAAACAAAGACAAUGGUGUUAAAUCCACAGAGAUGCCAUCUUUCUCUUCUUAUACUCCUGCUCGGGUGUGCACCACCCAGAAUCCUGAAUAAAAACCAAUAAUAAAAAAAAGAAUGCAAAGAAAAUACUUAAAGACUGACACUUUAAUUUUUAUCUUCCAUCUUUGAGGACACACUGUAGAACUGUAGAGUGGGUACAGGUAGUAGAAAUUGCUCUUUUUGAACUCACUUGUAACUUUUUGAAGGUAUAAGUAAAAAACAAGAGGGUUUGUCUUGAAGAAAAAUCCGAGAACCCCCACUCUACGGAGAAAAUCACACCUGCUUGCACUGUAGCUGUUGGUGUGGGUUUGUAGUACUCAUAAAGCAGAGUUCUGUCUAAAGUGGUAAAACUCACCGAUAAUAAAAGAUUUCCACCAACAGUAACGGUGCUAUGUGAAAUAUAGAUAUUCAAAUUCUCCUUUUCUUUUAAAAACAUUUGAAAAUUAAAGUCUGAACAGUCAUAAAGCAUAUUUGUCUUAUAGAUUUAAAAAAUAUAUAUUGUGUGUCAUAUUUAUUUAUUGAAUUAUUUUAUAUGAAGGGAAAAUUUGACACCUAAAUGACACAUUUUGUGCAGGUUCACCGUGACGAUUGAUAUUUGUCCUCACAUUGACACAGUGGUUAGGCAUAAAACAUCUUUAACUUUUGUAUUAUUAACUGUAAUAAAUAAUAAUAACAUGUUGAUUAAUUAUUCUAAAUUAAAAUGAUUUAAUAUAGAGGAUUCAUAUCUGUUUGUCAACUACAAAAGCAUGAAGAAAUAUGUCUUUUUUAAAUAUUUUGUGCAGGAAAUUGUGGAUUAAUCUUUUUCAGGAACUGGAUUUUUCUGUUUUGCUUUACAUUCGCAGUAUUGACAUUAAUUAGGGCAGAAGCUCAACUUACACCUGUCUCGUACACCCUAAUAUUUAUGUAAACUGACUUUAUCUGUUUAUCUGUUCUCUCACUGAGCAGCUGACACAGAGACCAAACUAACCUCAGCCUUAUUUUCUAACCAUACAGGAAUCUUCAGAUAGUCCGUCAGGAGCCCAGAUACAGAUCUAAAAAACAUCCGUUCGACCUGUCGUCAUGACUUCUGUUUCCAUUUGGGAAAUAUGGCAUCAUAGCUCAUGGGAACUCGUUGUGGGGUAUUAAGACAGAUGGAGGAGCUCCGAUUUGCCAGGCGGCCAUAUUGUUUUGGUAGCGCCGUGUCAGCUAUUGGCUGUGCGGCUGUGUUGAAGCCUGUGAUUGAAAAUAAAAAGAGAAAAAUAGACUUGCUGAGUGAUGACCUCGGAGCAGGGCUGAACAUACUGUACACGGAGGAGGGUGGGAGUGUGCUUUUUGAGCCUCUUUCUCCGCAGUUAUGAGGUCCAACCAGCUGUCAGAUUAUCGGGGCCCCCAGACGAGCAGAUCACAAACCCUUGUUCAGUUCCUGUCUGCUAUAGCUCCAUAUCUGCUCUGUUUUCUGAAAUGUAUGUAUGAGGAACUGACAUUUUAUUUAGUUAUUUAAUCUUUUUCCUCCAACUUUGCUCCAGAAUACAUUUUAGCCAAAGAAAAUUUGUAGGGAAUGCAAUGAAGGACUUUCACUGGUCCUUAUUCAAUGUUAAGUAACUAGUUCCGUUAAGUAUCACAUUCUGACUUAUAAGCACUAACUUUCAUCAUGAAAUUAUUGUCCACAGCUGCAAACUCAACAUCACGCUAAUGCAAACACAGAUUGUCGAUACUGCUGAACAUCCGAUGUCAGAAAUCCAAGAUAAUAGUAAUAAUAAUAUUACCAUUCACAUUUGAUUUGAGGAGGAGAAGUAAGUCACCGUGUGUCAUUUCUUAUUUAAUUUGCUGUCUUUUUCUGGUAAAAGGUCCAUUUCUAUUUUAAUAUUAGAGCUGAGGAGAAAAUUCUUUCAGUUACAACCAUUUUACAGAGCGAUUUAGACUGUUUAGAAGUGUGAAUACAUUCUGUUUGCUCUUUUAAUUUACUGGUCUGCAAUGCUAUGAUCUAUUGGCGCAUGCCAUUUUCCUCAGCCAAACUAAAAAUGAGUCGAAAACAAAAAGGUUGCAUUCUUUUUUUUUCUUUUUUUUUUUUUUACUUUAACAUGCAAAAGAAAAAAUAAUAAUUACAUUUAAUGCUAUGCUGAGGUUAGAUUUCAAGAUUUUAAUGCAAUAAAUUAAUCAUCAUGGGUCAUUUGAUCAAUUUCUUGGUGAUCAGCAAAUAUAAACUCAAAACAUUAUUUUUUUUAGUAGCAUACAUGCUAGUGUUUAAAAAAUAUGAUAUAAAAUUGUUCAAAUCAUUUAGGGAAUUUAUAAUAGAUAAUAUAUUAUAGAUAUGAAUAAUCACCAUAUAACCUCCUUAUUUAAUUUUUUCUCUAAAACAGUGUUACGAAAAUUAAUGAGUAUCAAAUUAAAUAUGUUCUGAUUCUCAUUAUUUAACAUAAAAUAGUGUAAUAUAUAUUGUGGAUGUGACAUUUUGACUUAUCUGAGCAAAGAUGUGUGUUGAGAGAUAAAAAAAGCUCAAGUCAAAACUGAGCAGUACAUGAAAAAGUGUGUUUCUUUUUUAUUCUGUCAUCUGACGUGAUGACUGGGAACUGUGCACAGUCCACAGUUCUACAUGUAAGAAAUAUUUAUAAUGUAAGAUUUUCUCAUGUUUAUGUAAGAAAUGUUGUACUCGACUGAUGUAAAGUAAAACCACAUUUCAUUGUGUGAUCAUGUGGAUUAUUAAUCAUCAGAUGUUUGAAGUGAAACACCUUGUCCUGUCUGAGAUCAGAGCUGAGAAAUUAGGAUAAACACUCACUACGUCAAAACCAAUGAGACGGGAGAGGGAACAUAAAAUCCAAGGUGACGCUACAUAUGACAUUAUGGGCUUUUUUUCCUUUAGAAAAUGGGAAAAACUUUCGUUCUUGUAAUUUUUACGGUCUCUGUCAUAUGAAACCAUAUGUAGCCUUGAAAUCCCACAGAUACCCAUAUAAAAGAAAAGAAAGGAAAAGAAAAGGAAAGAAAAGAAAAGAAAGAAAAAAAAGGAAAAGAAAAGAAAAGAAAAGAGAAGAAAAAAGUUGAAUGUCUUUGUUUUCCCGGGUUUGUCUUUGCCACAAAUCUCUCAAGACUUUUUAUAAUAUCCUAUAAUUCGUUUUUUAUGCCUGUAUCUGUAAAAAUCUGUUAAAAUGAACCAAACUUUAUAUCUGCUCUGCUCUACUUUACCUCAUUUAUUUUCUUUAUCUUUUUUUUUUAAUCUGUUACUGUGAUCUGUCCCUUCAGCUGUCCCCAGGUUCACUCUUCAUUUUG